GAGCGCACCAGACCCCGCUCAGAUGAUGUUGCGUACGCUCAUCCGUCCCGACCAGAAAGAUUGGGUUGACCGGCUUCCCGACAUCGAGUUCGCCUAUAACACUUCGGUGCACCCGGCGAUCUGCGUCACACCAUUCGAGCUACAUCAUGGUGGAGAGAAAGCAUGGAUCUUCGCUGAUCUACUUUUGCCACAGGUUGCCGACAUAGACGUCCCUUGCUCUCCCGCUUCCGUUCGGAAGUACCGGGACUUGCUGAUCAAAGCCCGCACGAAUAUGCAAAAGGCUCAGAUCCGCAUGCAACAGCAGGCUAACCGACGUCGACUUCCAUGUCCUUUCCGCGAGGGAGACCUUGUUCGGGUCCUCUCAGAGGAAUUUGCGCUCGAGCAGGACGUUUCGCACAAACUCCUUCCGAAAUGGUUCGGACCAUGGGAAGUCACUUCUGCCGUUGGAGACGACCCCGCAGGUCCUUCCUUCGUGAUCAACAUUCCACCGCACCUUCCAGUGCAUCGGGUCUUCCACGCGUCGAAGCUGGCCAUCUACACGCCACCUUCAGCUGACGAGUUUCCCGGACGUCGAUCACAGGAUCCGCCUUCUAUGGACGAACAUCAGGAAGUCGACCGAGUCAUCACACAUCGCAAGUAUGGCAACAAGCCGAUGCAGUUCAAAGUCACAUUCAAGCAAUGUGCACCUGAUGACACUCGGUGGAACUCCAGUACAGAUUUGCAGACUUCUGCACCCCUUAUCUUCGCCGACUAUGAGAAGCGACGCCUUGCUAAGGAAGCAGCUCGUCCCGCCCGACCCACCCAG